GCACGCCGCCUCUGUUUGUACACAGUGCGCUCCCGGCGGCCCGCUCGCUCCCCUCCGGCUCACGCUUCAUUGUUCUCCAAGUCAGAAGCCCCGCAGCAGCGGCGCGGAGAACAGCCAGAGCCGAGCGCCCCGUCCGCGCGUCUGCGGGUGGGUCUGCCCGCCCGCUCAGGAGACCCGGAGCGGCCGCGGGAGCCCGCGCCCCGCCCGCUGCGCCUCUGCCGGGACCCACCCGCAGCGGAGAGCUGAGCCCGCCGGCCGCUCCCCGGAGCUCACCCACCUCCGCGCGCCGGAGCACAGGCAAAAGGGAAGGAAAGGUUCCUCUCUUUGGUCACCCCUCUCGCUCUCUCCAAGAAUUUGUUUAAGAAAGCGCUGCGGAAAGAGGACGUCUUCUUGAAUUCUUUAGUAGGGGCGGAGUCUGCUGCUGCCCUGCGGUGCCAGCUCUGCUACACUGCCCUCCGAGACGACCCCUGACCAGCUGGGGUCACGACCGGGAGACGGGAUCAUGAAGCGCUCGGUAGCCGCCUGGCUCUUGGUCGGGCUCAGCCUCGGUGUCCCCCAGUUCGUCAAAGGUGAUAUUUGUGAUCCCAAUCCAUGUGAAAAUGGAGGUAUCUGUUUGCCAGGAUUGGAUGAUGGUUCCUUUUCCUGUGAGUGUCCAGAUGGCUUCACAGACCCCAACUGUUCUAGUGUUGUGGAGGUUGCAUCAGAAGAAGAAAAACCAACGUCAGCAGGUCCCUGCAUUCCUAAUCCAUGCCAUAAUGGAGGAACCUGCGAAAUAAGUGAAGCAUACCGAGGGGACACAUUCAUAGGCUACGUUUGUAAAUGCCCCCGAGGAUUCAAUGGGAUUCACUGCCAGCACAACAUAAAUGAAUGUGAAGUUGAGCCUUGCAAAAAUGGUGGGAUAUGUACAGAUCUUGUUGCUAACUAUUCCUGCGAGUGCCCAGGCGAAUUUAUGGGAAGAAAUUGUCAAUACAAAUGCUCAGGCCCAUUGGGAAUUGAAGGUGGAAUUAUAUCAAACCAGCAAAUCACUGCUUCCUCUACUCACCGAGCUCUUUUUGGUCUCCAAAAAUGGUAUCCCUACUAUGCACGUCUUAAUAAGAAGGGGCUUAUAAAUGCGUGGACAGCUGCAGAAAAUGAUAGAUGGCCAUGGAUUCAGAUAAAUUUGCAAAGGAAAAUGAGAGUUACUGGUGUGAUUACCCAAGGAGCCAAGAGGAUUGGAAGCCCAGAGUAUAUAAAAUCCUACAAAAUUGCCUACAGUAAUGAUGGAAAGACUUGGGCAAUGUACAAAGUCAAAGGCACCAAUGAAGACAUGGUGUUUCGUGGAAACGUUGAUAACAACACUCCUUAUGCUAACUCUUUUACACCGCCCAUAAAAGCUCAGUAUGUAAGACUCUAUCCUCAAGUUUGUCGAAGACAUUGCACUUUGCGAAUGGAACUUCUUGGCUGUGAACUGUCUGGUUGUUCUGAGCCUCUGGGUAUGAAAUCAGGACAUAUACAAGACUAUCAGAUCACUGCCUCCAGCAUCUUCAGAACGCUCAACAUGGACAUGUUCACUUGGGAACCAAGGAAAGCUCGGCUGGACAAGCAAGGCAAAGUGAAUGCCUGGACUUCUGGCCACAAUGACCAGUCACAAUGGUUACAGGUGGAUCUUCUUGUUCCUACGAAAGUGACUGGCAUCAUUACACAAGGAGCUAAAGAUUUUGGUCACGUACAGUUUGUUGGUUCCUACAAACUGGCUUACAGCAAUGAUGGAGAACACUGGACUGUAUACCAGGAUGAAAAGCAAAGAAAAGAUAAGGUUUUCCAGGGCAAUUUUGACAAUGACACUCACAGAAAAAACGUCAUCGACCCUCCCAUCUAUGCACGACACAUAAGAAUCCUUCCUUGGUCCUGGUACGGGAGAAUCACGUUGCGGUCAGAGCUGCUGGGCUGCACAGAGGAGGAAUGAGGAGAGGCUCCAUUUCACAACCUUCUUCCCCGUUUCCCUAAAAGUAUCUCCAUGGAAUGAACUGUGCAAAAUCUGUAGGAAACUGAAUGGGUUUUUUUCAUGAGAAAGUGCUCAAAUUAUGGUAGGCAACUAACUGUCUUUGUAAAGAGGUCUAAGCCUGCCUUUUCAAUGAUUUAAUUUGAUUUUUUUUUAUUGGUCAAAUCUCUUAACAUCACCUUAAGUGUGAAUUACUUUUCUCAUUGUUUUCUGAAUUAUUCACAUUGGUAGAAAUAUAUUAGGGAAAGAAAGUAGCCUUCUUUUUAUAGUAAGAUUUAAAAAAGUCUCAAAGUCAUCAAAUAAGAGCAAGAUUUGAUCAAGUUUUACCAUCAAUACUCAACUAAUUCUGAUAAAAGGAAUACUGCAAUGUUAGCAAUAAGUUUUUUCUUCUGUAAUGACUCUACAUUAUCCCAAGUGUUUCUCUGUGCCUACCAAACACUGUCAGUGUUUUUCACAAAAUUUCAAAGAAGAAUAUGUAUCAUGCAGUACUGAUACUAUAAUUCUUAUUUUACUUUCAUUAUUUCUUAUAAAAGAUUAUGUGACUUCUUUUUCUUUUGGUUCUAGUCUACAUUCUUUAUAUUGUAUAUUACCCGAAUAAUUCAAUGUUUUUUUUUCUAAUUGAAUUUUCUAUUAGUUGCCUAAAAGAAGUGUCAUGUUUACUCAUAUAUACAAAACAUGACUGCAUAUCAGUAGAUUGAUCUGUAGUUCAUAUCAGUUAAUUAAAUCUGCAGUUUUAUUUUUGAAGGAAGCCACUUAAUUUCCAAAUACUUCCUUCAUAAAGAAUCCCAUACUCUCAGUUUGCACAAA